AUGACGACCAAACUCCUGCCGCCAGAGCCCAACGUCCCCAGCAGGCCUGCGACGGGUGCAGGACGCUCAAAGCUGCGGUCUGUCUGCUUGUCUGCAAUAGCUCUUGCCGUCGUCACCAUUCCCACAGGACUGUGGAACAGGUACGAUGGCAACCGUCACCUCCCCCUGACCGGCUUCUGGAGGCCACACUCGGAACAAGACACGGCCAAGCUGGUCAGGAAGUACAACCUACAGACUGGAGUCAGAUGGAUGAAUCCCGACGGAGGUCGGUGGCGUGUCAUGUACACGUGCAAUGGACAGUCACCAUGCCCAACACUAUAUGCCGAUGAAGGCGACAUGGUCGAGUUGACAGUCAAGAGCGACGUCUACUCCCAGUCGACGAUUCACUGGUCUGGUAUUGGAUAUCACGGUACCGGCGACUGGAACGAUGGUACUGCUGGAAUCUCGCAGUAUCCGAUCCUACCUCGGGGCAACUUUACACACUUGAUCGACACGACUGGGUCCUGGGGCCUCAACUGGUAUGCCGAACACACCACGGCGGCAUCUGCUGAUGGGCUCUACGGCAUGGUCUAUGUUGCACCGUCCCCUUCGAGGCCCCGGCCGUACCACCUCAUCACCGACGACAAGGUGGAGUUGCGCAAGAUCAUGGAGGCCGAGAAGCAUGCUCGCCAUCUGGCAAUCAAGAACCACCAGCAUCGCGACACUGGGUGGAAGCUGCUGCGGAUGAAGGCCGAGGGCUCCGAGUUUUACUGUUAUGAUUCGAUUGUUGUGAAUGGCAAGGGUCGUGUGCAUUGCCGUCAACCCGACUUUGGCGUGCUGAACGGCCAAGCCUUGGACGAAAAGGGCUGCAUCCAACCAGAGGGGCUGCCACAGGAGACUUGCACCCCCAGCACGGGCGACUAUGAGGUCAUCGAGACGGAGGGACGGGCAUACAUCAUGCUCAACCUCAUCAACAUCGGCUUCGAGCACGGCAUCGUGGCGUCCAUCGACCAGCACAAGAUGAUCAUCGUCGCCAACAACGGCGGCUUCGUCCACCCGCAAGAGGCCGACGUGGUCGAGGUGCCCAGCGCCUCGAGGCUCACGGUGCUGGUCAAGCUCAACAGCUUCGACCCGGCCGACGGCGACUGCGCCAUCCGCAUCUCGUCCACCAGCCGCCUGCAGAACCUGCAGGGCUACGCCGUGCUCCGCUACCCGGGCGGCGCCAACUCCCGCCGCCCCGUCUACGGCCAGCCCAUGAAGCUCCCGCAGCCCGCCUCGCCCGACGCCAUGUGCGUGCUCGCCGACGGCACCGCCCGCUCCGGCUGCGGCACCGCCGCCGGCCACGCCCUCGCGCCCUUUCCGGCCUCGCCCCCGCCCAGCUCGCCGCGCGCGCCGUCGUUGCGCCGUGCCCCGGCUGCCGCGGCGGCGGACGUCACGGUGCGGCUCUCGGCGGGCCAGCGCCCGUCGCUGACGGAGGAGCAUGUGCCCGAGUACUUUCUCAACGAGCAGCCGUGGCAGCUGUUCCGCUCCGCCAUGACGCCGCUGCUCUUCCAGGACCAGAACGAGGACGCCGCCCUGCCGGGGGGCGCGAGCCGGUUGGGCAAGCCGGUCGUCGCCGGGAUCCCGCUGGGCAGCGUCGUCGACCUCAUCAUCGAGAACCAGCUCAACGACUCCAUCCCGCUGUACAAGCACGGCGUGCCCGCGUGGCUGCUGGGCCUGGGCUCCGGCGGCGGCUUCCCCUACGCCAGCGUCGAGGAGGCUGCCGCCGCUGCCGCUGCCGGCGGGUCCGGAGACGUCGUGCUCAACCUCGAGAACCCGGCCCUCGUCACGGUGCACGAGCUGCCGCCGCUGGGUUGGAGUGUGCUGCGCUUCAAGGUCACGGCCAAGGCUGCCACCAUGAUUCAUGCGGUCAAGCUGAGGUAUUUUGCGCUUGGAAUGUCGGCACCGAUCCUCGAGGGCAUUCUUCCAAACGAUCCAGCUCAGUUUCCAGAGUCGGUUGCGAAGCGGCCCCAUGUCGAGUUUGAGCCCAAGAACGAUGGCGUUUUUGGCUAG